AUGCAGACUGAUUCUACAGACAUUUGUGAAAGACUGUGCAAUAAGUCCAUCCGUGAAAUUUCCUUGCUACUAAAUAUUCUACGGUUAACUGUUAGUGGUUCUAUAACAAAGUGGAAGCAACUGGGAACAACAGCAACUCAGCCACGAAGUGGUAGGUCACAAAAAAUGACAGAGCGGGGUCAGCACAUGCUGAAGCGCACAUUGCACAUAAGUCACCAACUGUCUGCAGAGUCAUUAGCUAAAGACCUCCAAACUUCAUGUGGCCUUCAGAUUAGCACAACAACAGUGCAUAGAGAGUUUCAUGGAAUGGGUUUCCAUGGCUGACCAGCUUCAUCCAAGCCUUACAUCACCAAGGGCAAUGCAAAGCGUUGGAUGCAGUGGUGUAAAGCACGCUGCCACUAGACUCUAG